AUGAACUUUCAUGACGAUUCGCAAAUUUUAUCAAAUCUUGGAAGUAGGUUUUCCUUUCUUUUAUCAUUUUUUUGAAUUCAAAAAAUCGAUUUUAGUCCUUGAUUCACACGAGAGGAGUCCUAAACGAGAAGAAACCACCACACAAAAGGAAAAAUUCGUGGAUAUUCGUCUAACCGCCACAGUUUCCGAUUCCGAUGAUUCUGGAGAUGAUUCGGACACAUUAUUCGAUAGAAAUGUGCUACUUUCAACAACGAAACGACAAAAUUCAUCUCUGAUACGUGGAAGAGCUGAAAAUCAAUCGAUUCGAUAUUUUAUCCUAUGCCUUUUAUUUUUGAUUGCUGGAAUGGUUUCAAAUCCACAAGCUCUUGCGAAAUGCUCAUUAGAAAGUGAGAUUAUUGGAUGUUUUUGGAUUUGUGUUGGAAUGUUAGCUGGAAGUUAUGCAGGUAUGUUGUUUUUCUCUUAAUUAAUGUUGAUUUCUGAAUUUCCAGUGAAAAUCCUGGCAUAUCGCUCAAACCUAAUGCUCUAUCUGAUUUCAAGCCUCAUAAUUCUCCUCAUAAACCUCUCGCUAUUCUUUAAUUUCGCAUUUUUCUACACGAUUCGCGGAUUUUUCAUUGGCUCGAUUUUUUAUGCCGCAAUUCUAAUGUGGUUUGCGUUUUGGCGAAAAACACCGAGAAAAAUCCUGAUUUUCUUUAUGUUCUUCUCGCUGGGCGCAAUGAUUUCAAUGAGUUUUAAUGAAGGUUUCCCGGAAAAUGAUAAUAAUAACCUAGUGGUUAGAAUGAAACGAAUGGCUGAAAAUAAGAUUGACGAAAAAUCGGAGAAUAAAACACUUCUACCAUUUUCCGAGGCUCAAGAAGUUACCCAAAGUUCGAAUAUCACAGAAGGUGUGAAAAAACCUGAGGUUGCGACGGGAAAUGUGCAGAAAAUCAAGACGAAAACGGAAGAGAAUGCGGAGAAGAUCAAGGAGAUUCAGAAGGGUUGGUUGAAACAACGAUGCUCCGCGAUUACGCUGAACUUACAUGUUCAGAAGAAAAUCAAAAUGAAAGUUUAUCACUUGAAAAUGCUAGUUUUCUAUCAAAAAUGCUCCGUGAGCUCAAUAAAAAAUUGGGAAAACUCAGGAAAACAGGGGGACUAGGUUUACAACAGGGGACUAGAAUAUAAACCUAGUCCCCCUGUUUUCAGGUGAUAAACUUUCAUUUUAUGUUAGCAUUUCUGUGUUUCUGGGGUGCAAACGAUGCUCCGCAAUUACACAGCUUUUUUCAGAAGAGACUGCGACUCCAUCGACCUCGACCUCCACAUCUACAACCACCACAACAACGCUCCCACCAACAACUUCCACCACCACCACAAAAAUCUACUACACAGUCGCUGUCAGAUCUCGCGAAUCGCACGAAAUCCCACCUACAAUUUCCACCGCUUCAACACUACAACAACAAUUCUGCCCGAAUGCCACAUUUUUGCUACCGAGUCAGCGUGAUUUCAGCGAAUCUGCCGCGCUCAAAAUGGCUGUCGCCAUUGUGUUGGCGGCGUUUUGCGCCGCGUUCGCGUUGUGUUGUUUGCCGUGCGGUUAUCGAGCGGAUUCGCGGAUUAGGAAGGUGAGAGAGCGGGUUUUAUUUUGAUAUCAAAUGUGCCACGUGGCACAGAAAAAUGGGCGGAGCCUAAUUGAAUUUGGUAUCGUUUUGUAGAUCUCAUUGAGAGCUUCAAAUUGAUACCAAAAUUCACUAAUUUUUAAGCCACGCCCACUUUUCCGUGCCGCAGUUAAACUAGGCUUAUUUGGUCUCAUUUUGUAGAUCUCGUUAAGAGCUUCAAUAAGCCACGCCCACAUCUCUGUGCCCCUAUUCAUAACCUACAUUUCCAGCUCGAAACUGAUAGUAUUGUUGGAUUGGGAAUGCGUCUUCGUCUCUCGAUUGCCGCAAUUCAAACACUCAUCGGAUUCUCGCAACGUAAGCCACGCCACUUUUUGAGUUAGCCCAAGUCACGCCGAAUUUUCUUCCAGAACUCGUCCAUUUCCACUCGAAAUCUGAAAAUCAUUGGCUAUCGUGUGUAUUGAUUUUUGCCACGUCACUGGUUUUGGUUUUCGGGUAAACUCUAGACUACAACACUCCGCACUUACACCGUAUACAUUUUCAGAGGCUCGAAAAUCGGAUCUGUUGGCGCUAUUGUUUUCUCCACCUCGAUUUUUGCGCUCGGACAAUUUGUCAUGAUUUUCUCGUCGUUUUCCACGUUUGCCACAUCAUCAACAAUUGUCGGAUUGCUCAUGUUAUGGAUUUCGGUGUUUCUGACCGUGGAAGUUAGCCUACAUCCUCGCUCCACUGUUCAGCUCGCCUAUUUUUUGAUCGCCUGGAUUUUUGGGCGAAUUUUUGCGUGUGUUUUUGCAAUGGAUCAGGUUUUGGGUGAGUUAGGCUAA